CUGAUCGAGUCUCCCAGUUGCCACUGCUGUGGAGCUCUUCAUUCCUCUCCUUCUUCGUACCUCACGCGCUUCAGAGAUAAAAAGCUUAUCUGGCGCCUGCAACAAAUCGUUCUUGUACAUGCCAUUCAUUCAAGUCAGGUUGUUUUUAUAAACGUCUUCCCUAUUUGUUGUUAGAUUCAGCCUUCGAUGGUCUGGACUGACUCGCCGCCGUCUUUCACAAUUCUAUAACCUCUCAGCAUCCAGUAUUGUUCGUCACUAUUUGAUACCAGUCACUAUAGCUCUUGACCUUCAUGCCACCUGUUCUUUCGCCUCCAUUGAUCACCAUGUCAUCGGGCCUCAGUUACUUUUCGCGGGUAACAGGAAGCAGUGGCUCUUGUACGCAGUCCAUUGGCAGCGAUGAUUCUUGGUCUCAUCACAGUGGCAUUGCGCCCCAACAGCCGCCGAUGUUUGGGAUUCCGAGCGAAGGUCCUAUCAUUUACCACCCAAGCUCUACAAGGAUGUCACCACCCCACAUUGAACGUGGACCCAUGAACGUCUCGAGUGCUGCGGCGAGGGGCCCCAAACCUAUUUCACCGGACUUUAACUUCUCCAUGCCGUACAGCGGGCUGCCAGUGACUUCCCAGAUCAAUGCCAACAUAGCUGCACCAUCAGGAACUUCACUAGCACGCCAUACCCCUCAUUAUCCGGAGUGGGACCAUCCUGUUCGUUUGCCGGCGGAGUCUUUGAGACGGGAAUAUGACUUCGCUAGAUCCUUCGAGACACCGGAAUACAUGGUUGAGAGAAACAGCCGACGGGCUGGUGACAAAUUCAAGGGUACAACCCGAUAUCAUUCACAGAGAAGACCAUCAAACCGGGAUGAGUUUGACGGCCCCCACCAAUUACUUGAGCCUCCCUCUCCGCGUGUGAUUGCGGCACAAGGAAGGGACUUGCCUCAUCUACCUACUAAUCUUGAUGUCUCAGAACAAGAUCGUAUCCUGUCCUCGGUGAACGACCGACUAUCGCAGUGCGCGUUUGACUUUGUGGCGAAGUACCAGUUUCCAAUCCCACUGGAGCCUGACAAGAGACAGGUGAGAGUUCCCUCAGACCGUGAAUGGACUGAGUGGGUAUACCUCCUCAAAAGACUGGCCACCAAGCGGCGGAUCCCCGCCAGGGUCCUGUAUAAUGGCCAGAUCAAACAGUUAGUCACCAUACUGGAGAACUCCUUGGAGAUGCGCCAUGCUGCCAAGCAUCAAUCUAGGCCCAUCAAGGACGAUCGCAACGUCCUUCAGCUUAUCUCUGCCGGUACGCAGGUGGCCAAGAUUCUGAAGGAUGCCGCCGCGAUGGAGUACCUUGACCAUCUUUAUGUUGACACGGAGAAGAGCAUUCAGGACCGGCGCAGUCGCCGAGUGAAAUUUGCCGGCCCUUGACCUCGGAUAUUUGACCCUCAGUGAUGAUAUUAAUGAGUUUUCCUUUUUGGUCUUGACCACGAUUCUACCAUGCUAUAGACCCAUCGACUGGAACAAGCCAUUCUGCCAUUUCCGUUAGGCGUUCCCCUUG